AUGUCUCUUGUAGGUCCUGCCGUGGAUGUCGAGUCCAUGUCCUUGUCUGGUCGUGCCGAUUGUGUUGCCCCAGAGGUCAGCGCCAAGCUAGGCCCCUUUGCCUUGCAAGCGUCCGGUCCCAACCAACUUGCCUCUGUCGAGACUGAGUUUGGAGCAUCCGUGUACAGACCCAAAGACCAUUUUGGAUUUCUGCAUCCUAAUGUUGAACUGAGUGUCACGCAUUGUGCUCGUCCAAGCAGCCUUGCAUCCGAGUCCGUGGUUUCGCCAGGUCAGUCCAUGUCUCCUGUAGGUCCUGCCGUGGAUGUCGAGUCCCUGUCCUUGUCAGGUCGUGCCGUUAGUGUUGCCCCAGGGGUCAGCGCCAAGCCAGGCCCCAUUGCCUUGCAAGAUUCCGGUCCCAACCAACCUGCCCUUGUUGCGCCUGAGUUUGGAGAAUCCGUGUACAGACCCAAAGACCAUUUUGGAUUUCUGCAGCCUGAUGUACAGACAGCUUUCCUGCAUACUCCUCCGAUAGGCCAACAUAGCAAAGCAGAAUUUUUCAACAGCCUCUCAGAGGUUGACCCAGGCCAAGCCAGACGUGUCCAUGAAGCUCUGUUCAAAGCCAAUCAAACCUUGCCUGACUUCAAACACUCGAUCAUCAAACCUGAUGAACAGAUGUAUGUGCAUCAGCGAAAAUCCUCCGGAAUGCAGGCCACUCCGGAUGACAAGAAUGCCUGCCCAGAUCUCCCAAAACCCGGAAUCCAGGCAACUCCGGGAGAACAUAAUGCCUGGGAGAAUCACCAACAUGAAAGCACCUCAGUUCCCAUUGCGGCCAAGCUGCCCAUGCUACCACUUGAACGCCACAGUGAAAUUGGCUCCUCAGCUUUGCCUUCUGAUGUGAAUUGCCUAGUUCAACGAGAAGCGUCAGAGCUUCCCACGCAGACCAUGAACAAUCUUGCGGAAGAUGGAAAAGCCCAGGAUCCAUGGAUUUCCCGUGAUCCCUGGUCACAAGCUAUUGCAUCCGCCAAUCACAAGACCAGCAGAUCAUCAAAUUUGCCAUCAGACCCUUCACAACAGCAGAUGCAUCCGUAUCAGCAACAUGGAGGUGUGAAUCAAUUUGCUAGUCGCAAACGGGGAUCUCAUGCAGGUCACGGUGCAGGAUCCCUGUACAAAAUGUUUGUCAAGCAGGGCACAACUGUUGGUCAAGUGGCCAUCGCAGAGGGAAACCUUCUUGAGCUUCCUGAACCUGUCAGAACCUUGGAUGCAAUGGGCCUUCAUUUGCCAGUCUACCGAGAAGUGUUUGACAACCAAAUCAUCCUUUUCGAAGAUGGUACAAAACCUCAUUUGAUCCAAUACCCUUUCAUGGACAACAUGUCCCGCCAUGAUGCGCUCUGGAGUCAGCAAGGUUGGGUUGCUUGUGAUGAAAUGAAGUUUUAUCUGCAAAUGAUUGGGCAGCCUAAUUUAACCAACACGACUCCACCAGUGAUUGCGCCGCAAGAUGAGGACGGACCAAGACUGAUUGAAGAAUGGCUCACCAUUGGCAUGGACAAAAUUGGAGCAGGACAUACCAGUUUUUCGUUGCACACUGCCUGCCUUUUCAACCAGCAUUGGUUUCCGAUCUCUGCACUGUUUAACAACGACGAGAUUAAGGUGACCACCACGCUGACUGAUUUGCCCACUUUGAAGAACUGGAUUCAGGUCUCCCUCGGAUUUGAUGUCCUAUUCCAGUAUCGUGUGCCAAUUGAAAGUUUCCCUGCCGACUGCGGAUUUCAAACGAUUGCAGCCAUCAUGGCACAUGACCUAGCUGACAGCAGGGCUUAUCCCAUGAGCUCUGAAGACGCGAUCAAGUGGAGACAACAGUUUGCCAAUCACCUGGCCAACCAAGGUACAGCAGACCGUUUUGACUACCAAGUGCAGUAUGGUGGAGUUGCAGAGCCCCUUGUGACUGAACUAUCUGUGCUACUUCAAGCACACGGUGUCAAAGCUGACAGAGUAGGUGAACUGGCAACUCACCUCAUCCAAACUUUUGGCAAACAAUCCAUCCAGCAGACAUUGGGUUCUGCUCGACCAUGGGCUGACAUGAAAGCCAAAGCCUCAGCACAUCGUCCUCCCAUUAAGCUUGUGCUUACAGAGGAAUUGCAAAGCCAGAUUCAUGACAGACUUCAAACUGGAAAGCAGAUCGGUAACAAGAAGAACAAGCAAAACAAGCGUGCCAGCCAAACCACCUGGUCCGCACCACGAGCCUCAGAAGUGCAGAUCCCCAAUGGAAUCUUUCAGCAGAGUGACGGAAGCCCUUUGAAUCAGAUCACACUGCACCAAAUGCAGCUCAACCAGAAAGGUGUAGCAGUUGUGAACAUCGAAGAUGCUCUUCCGUUUCUCCACUUGCAAAAACCGAUCAGUGCUGAAGGAAUAGGCAUGUUAGUCCUUGACUUCCAAGACCAAGCCCUUCCUGCUUGCCAUCAGAUCAUCCGUUUUCCUGCGUCUUGUGCCGGAACGCAGGAACCCAUGAUUCUAACAGCAGCUCUUCUUCAGUUAGGCCAGCAACAAGUCACCCGACUUUUGCCUUCUGAUCCAACCGGGAUUGAACAGGUUGAAACAGCAGUUGUUAGAGCAGUCAUUUACAAAGACCAGUGCACAGUGAACUGGACCACCAUGGCUACCAAACCGGUCAAGAACAUGUUGGCCUUGGAGCAUUUUGACUGUCUCGGCAAGGAAGACAUUUUGGAUGUAUGGGAUAGACAACACCUAAGCAAAAUGUAUCAGAAGGUGAAACCUGAAGAGUCUGACCUGUUUUCGGUUGUCCUCCGUGUGAAAGCAUCCAGUCUGUCCAAGUUACUUGAGUCCAACAGCAAAGACGGGAUCUAUUUUGAGCCCAGACAGCAGAGUGGUCGAGCACCCUGUCCUGAACACAGAGUGAUUUGGUUGCCAAAGAAGUCCUUUCACGAUGUCCUAAUUGCUAAGCAGUCAACACACCAUGAAACGCACAUUGCCAGGAAUGGAGAUCGAUUUGGAUUACGGACAUCCAGCCAACAUGCAGCAGACGUGCACGCCUUGCACAGGCCUGAUGUAGCAUACCUUGAUGGGACCAACACGUCCACAUACAGGAUUGCACCACUGCCAUUUGGAAGCACAAAACAGUCGAUCCAGAAGGUCUUUGACACAUGGGAGUGGAAUGCACGACCAUCUCACUCCCAAGGACUCACUCCUGACAAGAAUGGUCUGGUGUGGAUUGCACACGCUUCCGAACCACCAAAUUUCUUCAUUUUCACCAUGCAGCAUGGAGAUGUUUUGAUUAGUGAAGUUCAGUCCAGCAAGCCAUCAGCCAAGCGAGUGGAAGGAGUACCAGUUGCUUCUGCCAGGACACUCCGACAUCUCAAUUCCAGUGCGAUGGUUGCAGCCAACGUGAGCCAUGAUAUCUCCAAACAAGAUCCACUGCAACUCAAUGACCCAUGGGCUGGAGCAGCCAAAGGCCAAAGUGCCCGAUCCACGAGCAUCACACCAAGUCAAAUGGCAUCAAUGGAAAACAACGUGGAGAAGAGGCUCAGAGCCACGUUCCAGCAACAGCUCACUGGAACCAAAACUGACGAUGCCCCAAUGGAUGCCCAAGUGGACACCAGAGUAACGCAACUCGAACAACAAGUGAGUUCGUUAACUGACAACCUCAACCAGCUUACAGGUUCCUUGUCCUCAUUCAAGCAGUAG